CACCACCGGAUGACAGUGCACAUCUGCCAUCAUCAAUUGGACCUGUGAGGACACGACGUCGAGGUUCAAAAGAAGGAGACUUGGUUGUUACAAGGGCAAAACCUCUCUGUACGGUCCAGCAGCUGAAGGAAGAAUGCAAAUCUCGGGGGUUAAAGUGUACAGAUUUGAAAAAGGAGUUGAUAGACCGGCUUGCGCAACAUGGCUUUGCUUUGCUGAGUAACAUGCCCCAGUCAUCACAGCAAGUCUCUGGCCCAUCGGCACCUACUAUUUCACUCUGCACAACGUUCACAUCCCCACAAGUCCCUGCAUUUCAAGAGGUCGAUGAUGAUUCUGAUCUGAUCCAGGCUGCCAGAUCUCUCAAUUCAGACCAGGUGGUUAAGGAUGCGGCAGAGCUGAUGGAGUCUUUUGAAGAAGGGUUCAGUCUUGGGCAUGGCCACGGAGAUGAGUGCGAUGAAGAUGAAGCCGGUGAUGUAGAGAUAGGCGAGGCUGAGACUAGUGAGGAAUGUAGUGACAAUGUAGCAAGAGCAAGAGCAACCAGUAGCAUUGGCACCACGAGUUUUCAGCCCUCAGCAGCAGCCCAAGCCACAGGAUGGGCUGAUGAGUACAUUCUGCAGACACGACGGAAAAGUGGGCAGGUUACUGAGCAGGCAGUCAUUGCUCAGUGGAAGCAAUGGAUCCCCCAAGCCAUCCAUGAUGGACUUGUACACAAUGAUAUUCAGGGAGCACCAAAACAGACUAACAAAAGACUCUCAGCAUCUUCCCUCAAGAAGAUCAUGACAAUGCUUGGUCGAGUUCAUGGUCGACAGGAGGAUGACAACCCUGACUUGAAGCAUAGUCGUCCGGCUGCAAAUUCUCGAACUGUUGAAUUCUACAAGGCCAUAAUGAUCCAGGCACAACGACACCAUCUUCAGACCGAAGAUUUUGACAUCGCAAAGAACACGAUUCUAGACCAGGAGCUUCAGCCAGACCAGUUCAGUGAGAUUACAGCUGCGAUUUUUAGCCAGAAUCAAGUCCCAACCAUUAUCAAGUCGCAUUUUGCAUGGACUUGGCAAGCAACAACCCUCAACCGUGGAGACGAGGUGAUCAACCUGCCCAUGUCAUGUCUGCAGCCCUACCAUGUCAACAUCCCAGACUUCCGAUUCUCAAACGGACAGGUAUCUGAAAACGGCGCCCUCUUACAGCUUCGUUUUACCUAA